UAAUCUGUUUGAGUUUGGGCCUUUGGCUUUGGCUGACACCCCUCAACUCAAGAAAACAUUAAGUUAUAAGUAUGAUUAAGUCUAAGAAACUGGAACAGACACAAAAUAGAGCAGUGAGAUUCAUAACAAACGAAUAGUCACAUUUGACUAGAGUAACGUUUUUAGUAAAAUCAUUUAAUUCAGAAAGCCUUCAGGAUAGAAGAAUUAAAAAAACUAUUUAUGAAGAAUCAGCAGGAUCAGUUCAAGCUUUGAAUCAGAACAGAAGGUUUCGGAAGAUAAAAAAACAAUCACCACUUAGAAAACUUUUUAAGACUCUGUUGCAUUUCUUCAUUCCAGAAUGCAUGGACUCUAUUGCUACUGGCAUAACAGAAAAAUCAACAAAGAAAUGCUGUAGUAGAAUUCCUUAUGUGAACAUAUGUACAGACUCUUACACAAGUGGCUUAACAACAAGAGAAAAAUCAACAAAUAUUUCCUGCAUAAGUUGUUCUAACUUUUCAGAUCUUCCCACCAUCAACAAAUGUAUAGAUUCAUGCACUACUGACAGAAGUAGUCCUAAUGUUUCAGAUUGUCACAGUAUUGACAAAUGUUUAGACUCUGGCACUGCUGACACAAUGACAAGACCUAAGCCCACAAACAGAUCCUGCAGACUUGGAACUUGUAAUGUUUCAGAGCUCUCCUAUGUAAAUAGAUACAUUUGUACUUGCCAUAAGGGAACACAAACAGAUCUAUUUGAUUGUUUGUCAAGUAAUGAUACACAGGUAUCCUCUGUAUCAACAGAAUGUUCCUUGAUGAAUCCCAACAUUUGCUCUAAGGAUGCUAAUGAUACUAUAUCUCUGACUAUAGACUCACUCAAUGAAACAUCUGACUUGCCAUCCCCCAGUGUUUGUACUAACUCCUCCUUACUUGAUCCAGAGUCACAUUUAGCUGACAAUGAACUAACUAGUCAUUGGGUCAUCAAAUCUCAUCAUUGCUUACAGGAGAACUGGAGUGGAUCUAUCUCCCUUUGUAGCUCUUGUUUAUAUGAAAAUGAUGAUGCCUCAGUCACUUCUGAUUUAGAGGAAGGUUGUUUUCAACAAAAGAUCUCAAAAUUUGAAGAAGUUUGUACUACUUUACCAAUGAUCAGGUAUAGUACUAAUCUUGUCAAGAACAAGAUUCAAGAGGAUGAAAGUAAAAUGAUUCUACCACAUGGGGCAGUGGAUCUCAAUGGUGUUUAUUUUAUUGAGAACUCUUUUUGGAACAUAUCAUGGGGCAUGUAUCAACCCUGGCCUACAAUUAAAGAGUAUCACAACAAUAGCAAGAAUGCAGAGAAACUGUGCAACAAGUGUAGAGAAUCCAGUGCUAAAUGUCUUGUAGGGUUAACCUUCAGUCCAUGUAACAGACAUCAUUGGGACUUAAGAGAAUCAAUUGCUACUGUGACACAAGAUUUACAGAUCUCAAUGCAUAGUGGCAAAUCUGAAACUAGUGAACUUUUUGAAAACUGUCCUAACAACUUUGUUCAUGAUCUAGCACAACCAUUGAAAGGCACCAUCUUAGAUAACUCUGAUCUAGCACAACCAUUGAAAAAUACAGUCUCGGAUAAAUCUAAUCUUACUGACACUGUGUUACCAGACUUGUUUAUACACAAUGAUAUUUACAUUGAGGAUGACUACCUAAAAGACUAUAUAUCUCUUGAGAAUAUCCCCAUGUCUUGUAAAGUAGAUGAAAUUAUUAAAUGUUGUCAGUGUUUUAGAAAGAAAGAGUUUAUCAAUCAGUCUCAUUCUAGUACAAAGGAUUGUCUAAUAGAUCAUUCACAGCGCACUGAAGAUAUUGUUGAUGUGAGCAUGUUUCACCAAAGUACCUAUCCUUGUUCUUACAAUAGAUUUAGAAGAAGACAUCAGUCUUCUCCAGCCUUUUCUUGUAAGAGCACUUGUCUAGCAUGUACUGAAACACAGACAGAUGUUUCUUCUUUCCAGUACAAUGGUGAGCAGUGCGUUUCUUGGGACCCUUACCUUGGUUUAGAGAUAGCCUUUGGGUGUUCAGUGAUGGAUGCUAUUGAGGACACUGACAAUGUUCUGUAUCAUUUUAGAACUGAAAAAUGUGUGCCUUGGUGAAUUGUUCAAAGAAACCUGAAAACUUUUGGUGACACUGCAUUUACCCCCAAGUCAACACUGAUUGAUCCAGUCUAGGGAAAGUCUUAUCUAGUCAAUGGAUCUCAUAGAUGCUUUUCAUAUACAACCUAUAUGUACUUAACAAUUAUUUUUUUCAAUGAAGAAACAAACUGAAAUGAAGGAUGUCUUAAUUAUGACAUUGUAGUCGUUGUUUUUUGCUAAUAUUUCAUGAAAAGUGAAUGGAAAUAUAAAUCUUGGUCUGUUUCAAAGUUAUCAUGCUGUUUCAUAUUUUUUUGUUUGCCAAAUCUAAGUACUUGCCAAGGUUCUAAUAAAUAUGUCAGUUUUUUUUUC